AUGGUCUCGAUAUCAGUCCAACAAUUACAAGACAUGAUAACAAAUACCAUCCGAGCACAAUAUGGAGGUUCUUCUACAAGUUCUCUCACAUAUUCAAAACCCUACACAAAGCGCAUCGACAACAUGAGAAUGCCAAAUGGGUAUCAACCCCCCAAGUUCUUACAAUUUGAUGGCAAAGGAAAUCCUAAGCAACACAUUGCUCACUUUAUAGAAACUUGUGAGAAUGUAGGGACUCAAGGAGGCCUCCUUGUAAAGCAAUUUGUUCAUUCACUUAAGGGAAAUGCCUUUGAUUGGUAUACAGACUUAGAACCUGAGUCAAUCAAUAGUUGGGAACAACUAGAAAGAGAGUUUCUCAACCAAUUCUACAGCACACGGUGUACGGUAGGCAUGAUGGAGCUUACCAAUACUAAACAGUGGCAGGAUGAGCUUGUCGUUGAUUAUAUCAAUCGAUGGCGUUCUUUGAGUCUAGAUUGCAAGGAUAGACUUUUUGAAAUAUCUUCUGUAGAGAUGUGCAUCCAAGGCAUGCAUUGGAGACUUCUUUACAUCCUUCAAGGGAUAAAGUCUCGAACAUUUGAAGAGUUAGCAACUCGUGCCCAUGACAUGGAGUUGAGCAUUGCUAGCCGCGGAAGUACAAACCCUCCCAUACUUGAGGAAAGCAUAAAGGAAGUAAGGAGGAAUGACGAGAAUAUAAAAGUCAGCCUCGAAGACCCAAUGAUUGUUAACACUGCCAAAGUCAAGCUGAUCGAAUUGCCAGAAUGCAAUUGGCCAGAAGACAUAGGGAAAGUUGAUGACCCUAAUUACUGCAAAUAUCAUCGCAUCAUUGGCCAUCCAAUCCAAAAAUGCUUCGUCUUCAAAAAACAAAUCAUGAAGCUUGCCAAAGAAAACAAGAUUGAUCUAAACUUUGAUGAAGUUGUUGGGUCAAACCACAUGACUGUUGCUUGUGAUGUACUUCCAACUCUCAGGCAGGGGGCAAACACCAUUGGAGUUUACAAAUUGAUUGACAAUAAUGGCGCAAGGAUUGGCCCCAUCAAUGGGAAGUUCCUUAAACACUUCUACACUUGA